GGUGGAGCUUUUUUGUUUGGCUCCAACUGUUGCGCGCAAUAAGUCGGUGUUCCCUCCACUUGAGGGAUCGGUGGGCGGUUAGUGGCCACCCGGCGCGCCGCACAGCUCCACUUAGCGCCGCUGUGAUAUACCCAGUGGAGCCCCCCACCCAACCCCCCUGAACGUCCCGGACACUCCAGUCUCCAGUGGAUAACCAGCUCCCCCCACUCUCUCUUCCUCUUCCUCCCUCUCUCUCCCUCGGUCUCUCGCUCUCUCCCCCUCUGUCAGUGCGUACCCGCCGUGCGUUCCUCAUGCGUCAAGGGAGCACCGUGCGUAAAGGCAGAGUCGUGCGUAACUGGAGACAGAAUUCGUCAUUCCAUUUCGCUCCGGGAUUCGGAGGACCACUGGCGGUGUGACGCUCACUUGGAUUCGACGCAUUCCCCCUCGCGAACCGUCUCGCAGCUCGUCGAGUUCUCCUCUCCAUGCUCGGUCGUACGUCAGACAUGACGACCGAGACCCCUCAGCAGCAGCUGGACCCGCCGCCUCCUCUGAGAUCCAGCCCGGCGUCCGGCGGCGUCCUGCACCCGGCCAUGCUGAGCCCGCAAGCCGCCGCGGAGAGCUCGUCCACGGGCGCCAAGGGGAAAAAGACGAGCUCCGGUUUGCGGCGACCGGAGAAGCCGCCGUACUCCUACAUCGCGCUCAUCGUCAUGGCCAUCCAGAGCUCCCCCACCAAGCGGCUGACACUCAGCGAGAUCUACCAGUUCCUCCAGGCUCGCUUCCCGUUCUUCAGGGGCUCGUACCAGGGCUGGAAGAACUCGGUGCGGCACAAUCUGUCGCUCAACGAGUGCUUCAUCAAGCUGCCCAAGGGGCUGGGCCGGCCGGGGAAGGGCCACUACUGGACCAUCGACCCCGGCAGCGAGUUCAUGUUCGAGGAGGGCUCGUUUCGUCGCAGACCCAGAGGCUUCAGGAGAAAGUGUCAAGCCCUGAAGCCCAUGUACCGGAUGAUGAACGGCAUCGGCUUCGGCACCUCCAUUCUCCCGCAGAGCUUCGACUUCCAGGCGCCGUCGGCGACCCUCGCCUGUCACGGCAACGGCUACAACUUGGACAUGAUGAGCAACUCGAUGGCCGGCGGCUACGACGGGCUGAGCGGCGGCCACCACGUGCCCCACAUGUCCCCGAGCCCCGGCUCCACGUACAUGGCGAGCUGCCCCGUGCCGCCGAACGGGGAGUACGGGCCGGACAGCAGCAGCAGCCCGGUGCCGUCCUCCCCGGCCAUGGCCAGCGCGCUGGACGGCCACUCCCCGUACGCCAGCACAUCGGCGCACUGGGCGUCCUCCGGCGGCUCCCCGUACAUCAAGCAGCAGCCGCUGGCCUCCAGCAGCCCCGCGUCCUCCGGUUUACACUCGGGCAUGUCGGCCUACUCCCUGGAGCAGGGCUACCUGCACCAGAACGGCAGGGACGGACACUCCAGCGACAUAUCAGUGGGGAUCCCGCGCUACCAGAGCCACUCGUCGGUGUGCGACAGGAAAGAUUUCGUGUUGAACUUUAACGGCAUCUCGUCCUUCCACCCGUCGGCCGGCGGGUCCUACUACCACCACCACCACCACCACCACCCGCAGAGCGUGUGUCAGGACAUCAAGCCCUGCGUCAUGUGAUGCGCGCGGCGGGACACUGUGGACAACGACGCCUCAGUCAAACUGCAGGAUCCGUCUUUUUCUUUUUCUCCUCCUUCUUCUUCUUCUUUCUUUAAUCCGGAUGAUUCCUACCAGGAUGUAUUUCACACGUUUUGCCUCCUCCACGCAGCCAAAGUAACUUUUUUUUUUUUGGUCUGGGGGUUGCACUUGAGAAAACUAUGCAAUUUUUUGUCCUGAAGGAGACGAAUGAAGGAACCUCCAGAGGCCUCGAGAGAAGAAAAACCACUUUGCCUGCACGAAGCGUUUCUCUCGCGUUUGCUCCUGUAACACGUGCAAACAGUUUGUAUCCAUAUGUAACGACGCUCUGUUCCUAUUAGAGUCACCACACACACACACACACACACACACACACACACACGGGCGUAGCACAAGAGGGAGCAGACAGACCGACUAGACAGAAGUAAUUUGUGUCAUAACAUAAAUUAAAAAUUGUCUGAAUACAUUGGUUGAGAGAUUGAACUAUGUAUUUUUACAGAGACUUCUUAUGUAUAGGGCCCGGAAUUUGGUGCUACAUCCCUCACACACACACACACGUACACACGUACACACACACACACACACACACACACACACAUACACACGUACACACACAUACACACGCACACAUACACACGUACACACACGUACACAUACAUA